CUUAAAACUGGUGGAUGCAGCAGAUGUAAGCACUAGAUGAAUAAGCACUCCCUGAACUGUAAAUUGACGUGGGUCAAGAGCACUUUGCUCAGUGAUGUGACUUUGGGGAUGAAAACUUGCCAUUGCCAUUUAGAGUUAGUCCGGCACUAUCUGAAAGUUGCCCAGAAGCUGUUUCAGUGAAUGUUAAAUGGGAAAUAAUAAAUGUAGAAGAAAAUCGUGAUGAUAAGGGUGCAAACAUCUCAAACCGGUUCAGAUGUUGCUGUUUCCUCACGUUGCAGGUCUAUGGAAAUGCAGGAUCUAACCAUCCCACAUAGCCGUCUGAGUGGUAGUAGCGAAUCCCCCAGCGGUCCCAAACUCGAUAACUCUCAUGUAAAUAGUAAUUCCAUGACUCCCAAUGGCACCGAAGUUAAAACAGAGCCAAUGAGCAGCAGUGAAAUAGCUUCAACAACAGCAGACGGGUCCUUAGACAAUUUCUCAGGUUCAGCAAUUGGGAGCAGUAGCUUCAGUCCGAGACCAGCGCACCAGUUCUCCCCACCACAGCUUUAUCCUUCCAACAGACCAUACCCACAUAUUCUCCCUACCCCUUCCUCACAAACUAUGGCUGCAUAUGGGCAAACACAGUUUACCACAGGAAUGCAACAAGCUACAGCCUAUGCCACCUACCCACAGCCAGGACAGCCGUACGGAAUUUCCUCAUAUGGCAUCAAGACUGAAGGCGGAUUGGCACAGUCUCAGUCGCCUGGACAGACAGGAUUUCUAAGCUAUGGUGCAAGCUUCGGUACCCCUCAACCUGGACAGGCACCAUACAGCUACCAGAUGCAAGGUAGCAGUUUUACAACAUCAUCAGGAUUAUAUACAGGAAAUAAUUCACUCACAAAUUCCUCUGGAUUUAACAGUUCGCAGCAGGACUACCCAUCAUAUCCCAGUUUUGGCCAGGGUCAGUACACACAGUAUUAUAACAGUUCACCGUAUCCAUCACAUUAUAUGACAAGCAGCAACACCAGCCCAACGACACCGUCCACCAAUGCCACUUACCAGCUUCAAGAACCACCAUCUGGCAUCACCAGCCAAGCAGUUACAGAUCCCACGGCAGAGUACAGUACAAUCCACAGUCCAUCAACACCCAUUAAAGAUACCGAUUCCGAACGUCUGCGUCGAGGUUCAGAUGGGAAAUCACGUGGACGGGGCCGAAGAAACAAUAAUCCUUCACCUCCACCAGAUUCCGAUCUUGAGAGGGUGUUCAUCUGGGACUUGGACGAGACAAUCAUUGUUUUCCAUUCCUUGCUUACUGGGUCCUACGCCAACAGAUAUGGGAGGGAUCCACCCACUUCAGUUUCCCUUGGACUGCGAAUGGAAGAAAUGAUUUUCAAUUUGGCAGACACACAUCUAUUUUUUAAUGACUUAGAAGAAUGUGAUCAAGUUCAUAUAGACGAUGUCUCUUCAGAUGAUAAUGGGCAAGACCUAAGCACAUAUAACUUUGGAACAGAUGGCUUUCCUGCUGCAGCAACCAGUGCUAAUUUGUGCUUAGCCACUGGCGUGCGGGGUGGUGUGGACUGGAUGAGAAAGUUGGCCUUCCGCUACAGACGAGUGAAAGAGAUCUACAACACCUACAAAAACAAUGUUGGAGGUCUGCUUGGCCCGGCCAAGAGAGAAGCCUGGCUGCAGCUCAGGGCGGAGAUCGAAGCCCUCACGGAUUCCUGGUUGACGCUGGCCCUGAAGGCGCUCACCCUCAUCCACUCCCGGACAAACUGUGUGAAUAUCUUAGUAACAACUACUCAGCUUAUCCCAGCAUUGGCAAAAGUCCUGCUGUACGGAUUAGGAAUUGUAUUUCCAAUAGAAAAUAUUUACAGUGCAACUAAAAUAGGAAAGGAAAGCUGUUUUGAGAGGAUCAUCCAAAGGUUUGGAAGGAAAGUGGUGUAUGUUGUUAUAGGAGACGGUGUGGAGGAAGAGCAAGGAGCGAAAAAGCACGCCAUGCCUUUCUGGAGGAUCUCCAGCCACUCCGACCUCAUGGCCCUCCAUCAUGCCUUGGAACUGGAGUACCUGUGACAGCCGCAAAGCACUUUGAAACCCCAGCACUGCCCUGUGACCGGGGACACAUCCAGCAGCCCUGGGUCUCGAGUCAGCGCUGAACUGCAGAACUUCGCGAUGUCAACACGUUGAUGCACAGCUGCUGUCAGUCUUGAGCUGUGCCAUCGUGGUAAAGGGGGGGACCACAUCUAUUUCUUCGGAAUGGCUGUCGACUAGAGUACUGUGAAUCCAAUGAAAAUAAGCCAUGAGAAUGUUCUGACAUGGUGUAACGUGUCUUUGCCACAGUAACUACACGGUUCAAACCUGUGAAGAAAGGACCUGCAAACGCGGAGGUUUUUUGCAUCUUCAGUGUGAGAUAAACAGCUUCUUCAAUACAGCAAACUUGAUUGCACAACAAAGACUGAAAUGUGUUUCCUGAAUACCAGUGGAGUAAUUCUCUUAUAAAGAAGGUUUACUUUUUGGUGUCUCAUACCCAGGGUAAUCUGUACAUCUCUACUUAUUUAUGAACAGACUUUUUUUUAAAAAAAAAAAAAACAAAAAACAAAAAACAGCUUUAUUGAGGUAUAUUUCACAUA